AUGACCUCUUUGUUCAAGCUCACUGAAGGAGAAUUCGCUGAAAGCAUUGGCGUGGAGCGAGCCACAGACAAGGACAAGGAAGGGGAAGAGGGUCCUCUCUGCGCUCCCUCCACGCCCAAGCUGCCAUACGAAGGAGACUUUCAAAGGUUGGCAGACGCUGGUGCUUCGUUAGUUUAUCUGAAGAAGAAAGAAUCAGAGCUUCGCGUUAUCCCGUGCGGAAACCGACAAACUCAUCGGAGGCGAACAGGACCAGGCCGAGGAAAAGCUGACGGUAACAACGUUCCGCAAGUCGCCCCGUCGACAGUGGGGAGACAAGGCGACGGUGGAGGGGAGAGAAUCAAGAUGCUUGGUAGACAGCCGGGACCGACCCCGAACGCUGAACAGUGCAGAGGCUACCAGGAAGCCUUUCAAGAACGAAGAAUGCAGGCAAUUGGCAACGGGACUUUCUGUAAGGGUGUCGCAGACCGUGAUACUUGUUACUCAUAUGAAGGCUUCCAGAAGCACUUUGAGACAUGCGAGCGUGCACAGUGA